AUGAGGUGGGAGAACCAGAGCAGCGUGUCUGAAUUCCUCCUCCUGGGGCUCCCCAUCCGGCCAGAGCAGCAGGGCGUGUUCUUUGCCCUGUUCCUGGGCAUGUACCUCACCACGGUGCUGGGGAACCUGCUCAUCAUCCUGCUCAUCAGGCUGGACUCUCGCCUCCACACCCCCAUGUACUUCUUCCUCAGCCACUUGGCCCUCACUGAUGUGUCCUUUUCGUCUGUCACUGUCCCAAAGAUGCUGAAGAAUAUGCAGACUCAACACCAGUCUAUCUCCUAUCCAGAGUGUAUUUCACAGAUGUAUUUUUAUCUACUCUUUGUUUGUGUCGAUAACCUUCUUCUGGCAGUGAUGGCGUAUGACAGAUAUGUGGCCAUUUGUCACCCACUUCAUUAUAUCACUAUAAUGAAGAAGGAGUUGUGUGUCCAGCUAGUGACUACGUGCUGGGUAUUCUCCUGUUGCGGUGCCCUCUUACACACCCUCCUCAUGGUCCGGCUGUCCUUUUGUGGUAACAACACAAUUCCUCACUUUUUCUGUAGUCUUUCUAUCCUACUUAAACUUUCCUGCUCAGACACUUCUCUCAAUGAGCUGGCCAUAUUCACUGAAGGAGCUGUGGUUGUCAUCUUUCCACUAAGUGGCAUUGUGAUAUCUUAUGGUCGCAUUGGGGCCUCUAUCUUGAGGAUUCCUUCUACCAGAGGCAUCUGCAAAGCUUUGUCUACCUGUGGUUCCCACCUGUCUGUAGUGUGUCUAUUCUACGGAACAAUUGUAGCACUGUAUUUUUCCCCCUCAUCAAGCAACUCCAAUGAGAAAGAUAUUAUCGCCUCACUCAUGUACACAGUAGUGACCCCCAUGUUGAACCCUUUCAUCUACAGUCUAAGGAACAGAGACAUGAAAUUGGCUUUAGGAAUUCUUUUCAAAAGCAAUAUUAUUUUCUCCAAGUAA